CUGAAGACGUACAAAGAGAUUUACGGCGAUCUGCUGGUGAAUCAGCGCUUCGUGAUGCCCGGGGGAGGUCCGCAGUGGCCAAAGCCCACGUGGGGGCUCAAACUGGGCUUUCACGUCAAUACGCUACGUUCCAUCUCGGCGUACUCGGAGUACGUGGACCGAGACAGGGAGGAGCUGAAGAACUUGGGCUUCUGUCUCAGCAGCUACGACCAAAAGUGGCGAGAGACCGUUCUGCCGGCUUUGGAGACGUACCAUCGUAUCUACGGGGACUGCAACAUUGCCACUCUCUUUGUCGUACCGGAGGAGGACCCGUGGCCGCCGUCGACUUGGGACAUUCGCCUGGGUUUCAUCGCGCGGAACAUUCGAAACCGAGGUGACUUCCCCCAACAAGUUGCGCGGGACUCUGACAGGCUGGAACACAUCGGGUUUCAGUGGAGCGCGGCCAAGUGGAAGUACGGAGUGAUGCCAGCGUUGACGACGUAUGCGCUUACGUUUGGGAGUGCCGACAUCCCCUCCGACUUCGGGGUGCCAUGGGAAGACUUAUGGCCAGCAGCGUCACGUGGACUGAAUCUCGGGGAAUUGGCCACGAACGUCGUGAAAAGGAGGCGAUUCGCAUACUUUAUUGAGAUCGACGCUGGAAGCGCUGGGGUUCUUCUGGUCAGCUGA